AUGCUGAAUCUGGUCGGGCCCGUUCUCGUGCCCGUCGCCGAGGACCUCAGCGCUGCCAUCGUGGCGGCUGUGCUCUGCGCCUCGCUGCUGCUGACGGCGGGCAUUCUGCAGCAAGGCGCGCAACCCUCAAUGUUCCAAGACGGCUUGAUCUUCUUCAGGCCAGUGUGCCACGUGGCAGCCGAUAACAUUAGUUUGGACGCCGCGACAGACGACGCCGGGGUGGCGGAGAUGCCGACUGCAAGCUGCACACCACCAGGUUCGAUCGGCGCCCAGUUGGUGCUAACGUCGCACCUCCCGACGCUCACGCUGCUGCUCUCGAUCGUCGUCGUCGCCGGCGCAGUCGUCGUCGCGUCAACGACGACAACCUAA